CCGCUGCGAGGCUCCUCCUCCUCCUCCUCCUCCUCGUCCUCCUCCAACUUCCCGGGCUCAGCAUGGCGGUCAAGGUACAGACAACCAAAAGAGCAGAUCCAAAUGAGCUACGCAAUAUAUUUUUGCAGUAUGCCACUGUUGAACAAGAAGGAGAACGUUACAUGACACCAGGAGAUUUUGUGCGGAGAUACCUAGGCCUGUACACAGACCCACAAUAUAAUCCUAAUACAGUGGAGCUGUUGGCAGGAGUGGCGGAUCAGACAAAGGAUGGGUUGAUCUCCUUUCAAGAGUUUUUGGCGUUUGAAUCAGUUUUAUGCACACCAGAUGCAAUGUUCAUUGUUGCUUUUCAAUUGUUCGACAAGAGUGGCAAUGGUGAAGUGACCUUUGAAAAUGUGAAAGAAAUAUUUGGGCAGACAAUAAUUCACCAUCACAUUCCUUUUAACUGGGACUGUGAAUUUAUUCGAUUGCACUUCGGACAUAACAGAAAGAAAAACCUGACAUAUUCGGAAUUCACUCAGUUUUUACAGGAGCUGCAGUCAGAACAUGCAAGGCAAGCAUUUGCACUGAAAGACAAAAACAAAACCGGCACAAUCACUGGCCUAGAUUUCAGUGACAUCAUGGUUACUAUUCGUUCGCACAUGCUCACUCCUUUUGUGGAGGAAAACUUAGUCUCAGCUGCAGGUGGAUCUAUUUCACACCAAGUCAGUUUUUCUUAUUUUAAUGCUUUCAAUGCCUUGCUGAACAAUAUGGAACUUGUUCGAAAAAUAUACAGUCUCAUAGCAGGUUCUAGAAAAGAUGUCGAAGUUACGAAAGAGGAAUUCUCUCAAUCUGCAAUCAAAUUUGGACAAGUUACACCUUUGGAAAUUGAUAUACUCUACCAGAUGGCUGAUUUAUAUAAUGCUACAGGACGCUUAACACUGGCAGACAUUGAGAGAAUAGCACCCUUGGCUGAAGGAGCAUUGCCAUACAACUUGGCAGAAUUUCAGAGACAGCAAUCUUAUGACAGUCUGGGCAGACCUAUAUGGCUCCAGGUAGCUGAGUCGGCAUACAGGUUCACUCUGGGCUCAAUUGCUGGAGCGGUUGGAGCUACUGCUGUGUACCCUAUAGAUCUGGUGAAGACACGCAUGCAAAACCAACGCUCCAGUGGAUCAAUUGUUGGAGAACUGAUGUACAAAAACAGCUUUGAUUGUUUUAAGAAAGUUCUGCGGUAUGAAGGCUUUUUUGGCCUCUACAGAGGGUUACUUCCACAGUUGAUUGGUGUGGCUCCGGAAAAGGCAAUAAAGCUUACAGUGAAUGAUUUGGUCAGAGACAAAUUCACACAGAGAGAUGGUUCCAUCCCACUGUUUGCGGAGAUCCUUGCAGGAGGCUGUGCAGGAGGCUCCCAAGUUAUCUUCACAAACCCCCUGGAGAUUGUCAAAAUUCGUUUGCAGGUGGCUGGAGAGAUCACCACAGGGCCCAGAGUUAGCGCCCUGACUGUGUUAAAAGACUUGGGGAUUUUCGGUCUUUAUAAGGGUGCCAAAGCUUGUUUCCUCCGAGACAUUCCCUUUUCGGCCAUCUAUUUUCCUGUGUAUGCUCACUGCAAACUGAUGCUUGCAGAUGAAAAUGGCCAUGUGGGAGGAUUGAAUCUCCUUACAGCUGGUGCUAUUGCAGGCGUGCCUGCUGCUUCCUUGGUGACCCCUGCUGAUGUCAUCAAGACAAGACUGCAAGUGGCUGCUCGUGCUGGUCAAACAACAUACAAUGGAGUUAUUGACUGCUUUGGAAAGAUACUUAGAGAAGAAGGGCCGUAUGCUCUCUGGAAGGGAGCUGGAGCACGGGUGUUCAGAUCGUCACCCCAGUUUGGUGUUACUCUAGUGACCUAUGAACUUCUGCAGCGUUGGCUUUAUGUUGAUUUUGGAGGCAUCAAACCCUCUGGUUCAGAACCUACACCCAAGACUCGAAUCUCAGACCUUCCUCCUGUUAAUCCUGACCACAUUGGUGGCUAUCGACUAGCAACAGCUACUUUUGCUGGGAUAGAGAACAAGUUUGGCCUUGCUCUGCCAAAGUUUCGACCAGCAAGUGUCGCUUCAGCACAACCCAAAGCAACAGCUUGAAUCCUGAGCUGAUCUUCCAAGCCAGAUAAAAAUGGUGCAAUGGACAGAUAGAAUUCUGCUUCUCCAAUCAGCUGCAUGAGGCUCUAGCUGAAUGGAGAAUUGAUACUGAAUCACUCCUUUCUAUACAAAACACAGGUAAUCAUUUGCACACAGGAGACUGAUUCACGCUUUAUGCUCUCUGCAUAGACUUUUUCUCCCAUCCCAGAGGCAUGAAUUAGUAACCAAGAUUUGGCUUUGCACAGCUUGCACUCCAUGUUACUGUACAUAUUGUACAUCUUUGUACAGAGACAUCAUCAUGGCAUUGAAAUGCAACUACAUUUGUAGAAAUAGGGAUUGCAGUUCUAUAUAGUUUGAAAUGUACAGAACGUUUUGAAAGUGUUUUAUUAAAAAUCAUGUGACAAUAAAAUUUAUUUAAAACCAA